AUGAGCAACCCAAGACAUUCAUCCAGCAGCACAAGACAAGAAGUUCAGCUGGUCGCCGAGUGUCUUCCCCGUGGUGCCUCAUGGCCAACGGAUGAUCGUACCAAGUCUUCUCAGCACAUCGGCCUGACCAUCGAGAAGACCAUCAAGACCACCAAGGAGAGGUUCUCACAGACUGUCGUUUGUCAACUCAAUCUGGGCCAGAUGAACAAAGGCAUCCCAGCUCGCGUUGUUGCCAAGAUCUACGACCCGCUCUGCUACCCUUUCCUGGGCUGCGCUCUCCCGUAUGCCAGCGAUGUUGUCACGCAGGCGCACAUUGAUCUCAGCAGGGAGGCCGCCGUCUACCAGCACUUCAAGACGAUAGGGACGGACGGCCAAUUCGCACCAAAGAGCUACGGCGCCUUCACGAUGCCCAUGCGCAGCCACAUCGCGGGCAAGUAUAGACCCAUGUGCCUCAUUCUCCUGGGGUACAUUGACGGCUCGACGAUGGGCGCAUUGUGUACCCUGCCGUACAACCGCAUCCCUGCGCUUGUCCCAGACCCUCAUGCGGGAAACGAUACCCAGCGCAUGCUAGUCAUGAAAGAACUUUUUGACAUGGAGUCAAAAAAAAUGCGACACACUGGAGUCGUUUACGGUAACAUCAUGCCCGAGCGCGUCAUGAUCUCUUCCCCAGCGCCAGCCAAGGUCGUCAAUGCAGUAUCGAAACCCCGCGUCGUCGUCAUUGGAGGUUGGAAGCUUGCCACCGUUGGGUGCAAGGAAGUCAACUACACACCUGUGGUCGAACUACUGCCACACCCCGUCUCACCCAUCGACUGGUACGCAGUCGACGAAAUCGACCAAUUCGAGGGAUGA